AUGUCAUUGACCACCAAUGUCGAUGUGUUUAAGCCGCCCCGCAGAGGCUAUUACUGGAGCUAUUACAUCAUCACAAGUUCUCAAGAGCUAGAGUCCGCCCUGGCGCACCCUCUAGCGCAAACCUAUCCGGUGGUGCUCAUGUUCUGGGCGAGCUGGAACGAGCCAUGCAGGGUGAUGAUGAGACCCUUUAGGGCCAUGGCCGUGGCUAAGAGAAGGGCCGCCAUAUUCUGCCAGGUGGACGUCGACAAGUUCAAAGAUAUCGUGGAGCGGUACCGAGUGGAGGCGCUGCCGACGUUCCUGCUGCUCAAGCAAGGCAUGGAGAAGGGCAGGGUCGUCGGCGCCAAGGUCGGGGACCUCAGCACCAUCAUCAUGGCCAACAUAUAG